CCAAUGGCAAUUUAUUGGAGAUCCUAUCUUUCUCUUUCUGCAUUGCUACUUGUGAUGCUACUAGUCAUCAAUGUCACUCCCGGUCACAGUGCUGAAGAAGCAGAGCAAUUCCAGAGCUUAAAGAACUUGACAAUGGCGAAUAGUUUAAGUGAAGAAAAUGUACCAAACCAUGAACAUGCUGUAGAUGAUCCAGAAAAGGUGGUUUCAAUGGUAGACAUGAGCAUUAGGAAUAGUACAGAGAGGAGGAAAUUGGGUUUUUUCUCAUGUGGAACUGGAAAUCCUAUUGACGAUUGUUGGCGUUGUGACCGUAAUUGGCAACGUAACCGCAAGCGCCUAGCAGACUGUGCUAUUGGUUUCGGACGUAAUGCUAUUGGUGGCCGUGAUGGCAAGUACUAUGUUGUCACUGACCCAAAUGAUGACGACCCUGUAAAUCCCAGACCUGGAACACUUCGUCAUGCUGUAAUUCAGGACAGACCGUUGUGGAUAGUGUUUAAACGGGAUAUGGUUAUUACACUUAAACAAGAGCUAAUUAUGAAUAGUUUCAAGACAAUUGAUGGACGUGGUGUCAAUGUUCAUAUUGCCAAUGGGGCUUGUAUUACUGUCCAAUUUGUUACUAAUAUUAUUAUACAUGGCAUCAAUAUUCAUGAUUGUAAGCCAACUGGUAACGCCAUGGUACGUAGUUCACCGAGUCACUUUGGAUGGAGGACAAUUGCUGAUGGAGAUGGCAUUUCCAUUUUUGGGUCUAGCCAUAUUUGGGUUGAUCACAACUCUCUUGCCAACUGUGCUGAUGGCCUAAUCGAUGCUAUCAUGGGAUCCACUGCAAUUACCAUCUCCAACAAUUAUUUUACACACCAUAAUGAGGUGAUGUUAUUAGGCCACAGCGACUCCUAUGUUAGAGAUAAGAUUAUGCAGGUGACUAUUGCUUACAACCAUUUUGGUGAGGGUCUCAUUCAGAGAAUGCCAAGGUGUAGACAUGGUUAUUUUCAUGUGGUGAACAAUGACUAUACACAUUGGGAGAUGUAUGCCAUUGGUGGCAGCGCUUCUCCUACGAUUAACAGCCAAGGCAACAGAUAUCUCGCCCCGGCCAACCCUUUUGCCAAACAGGUGACACAUAGAGUGGAGCAAUCAGAUGUGUGGAAGCAUUGGAACUGGAGAUCAGAGGGAGACCUUAUGCUUAAUGGAGCCUUCUUUACGCCAUCUGGACAUGGCGCUGCAGCCAGCUAUGCUAGGGCUUCAAGCUUAGCAGCAAAGGCCUCUUCCCUGGUUGGCACUCUUACUUCAAAUGCUGGUGCACUUUCAUGUCGCAGGGGCUACCAAUGUUAAUGUCUAAUACAUUGACACAACCACACAUUACCUUUACCUGUCCGGUGAAAUUGUCGUGUAAUCUAGCCAAUUUUAUACCUUCUUUACCUUGCAUCCCUUCCUAAACGCCUCACCAGCAAGAUACAUAUGUUUCUUUUAUACAUUA